AAAUUAAACGUCUUCUUGCAAAACAAGACCCGAAGAAGUUAAUGGUGGUGACAGACUGUCUUGAUGUUAAACGGCUAUACCCGUCCGCGCCUGACGGGAUGUAUCGAGUCAACUUAUGGAAAUCCAAGACGGCCGUCAGUGUGUACUGCGACAUGACGUCAAGCAACGGAGGAUGGACGGUAUUCCAAAACCGGUAUGACGGAUCGGAGGAGUUUUACUUAAAUCUCAAGGCUUACACUGAAGGGUUUGGAAAGACAUCAGCUGAAUUCUGGCUUGGGUUACGAUACAUUAAAGAGCUUGCGGAUCAGGGAAACUCUACCCUACGCAUGGAGGUGAGUGCCGCCGACGGAAGCCAGGCGUACGAAGAGUGGCCGGACUUCUCGUUAGGUGAUGCACCGGGGUACAAACUGCACUUGGGAGGGAAUGGCAUCGGAACCGCUGGUAGAGGGAUGAGUCUCUCUAUUUCUCAAAGUCCCAAAAUGGAAGUGAUUUCACAGCAAAGGGAAGCUCGUGCGGUAACAACGACAGAGGUGGCUGGUGGUACUAUAAGUGUUCGUAUAUUAACCUCAAUGGACACUACCCUACGCCAGGGACAAAGUCUCGGUACCACUCUGGAGAAGGAGGAAUGA